CGGAUGCACGCCGACGGGUGCGGGAGUGGUGGUAGUUCGCUCUCUGCGGCAGCGAGGUGGUUGGCUCCCUCGACGGAUGCGCGCCGUCGGGUGCGGGAAUGGUGCGCCGAUGGUUGCGGGAAUGGUGGUGGUUAGAUCGCUGCGGCGGAUGUGGGGAAAAGGAACGAGCGGCCGUGGCGGCGAGGUGGUCGGCUCCCUUGACGGAUUCGCGCUCCUGCAGGACCCGUGAUGAACACCGACGAGUUCGGCAUCCCGUUCAUGACCACUUCAGAAGCAGUGCUGAAGGCAAAGAAGUUAAAAAGGAUAUCAGGAAGUUGUUCUACGAGUUUGGUGAGCAAAAGUUCAGUUAAGCACUAAUAUGCCGGAAGCUACGACGACCGUUGAUCGAACGACCAAUGCCACAGAGUCAUCCUAGUCAUCUUCGCGCCAUUUGAACUCAGCAAACCAGCACUUUACAGCUGGCACCUUAUCAGUUCAACUAUUCUGUUUUUUGUCGGAUUGUUCGCUUGCUUUUCCUUUUAAUCCCACUCAUCCGAGGAGAAGAUCAUCUAUUCUAGUAUUAGGGUAUUUGCCUGUCCGCCAAUGUUUGUGGUAUGGCUAUGUUGUGUCUUUGUAAUCCACUGAAUUCCUCUCAAAUUAAGCUAUAUAUCUGAAUGUAUCUGAAUGUUGAAUAUUGUUCAUCAGUAGUUAAUUUCAUUUGAGGUC